AUGCCGUCUCCCAAUCAUAAAGCCAAGGGUUCUGGAUCGUUGUCCCUCGCCAGCACCGGCGCCGCUCUGCGCCGUGGCGACCUGAAGAUAUCUGAUCCAAUUCCCUUCGACGAGUCCGGAGUCUUCAGCGGCACUAGCACCGUGCCACCCACCAGAUAUCCUUCGGGACAACGACAACAGGACACCACAUGGCCACGGGCCAGUACGGCGACCCAGGAUGCCCAUGUGCGACAUGUCAGUGAUGUCCCGCCACAACCGCGUGCUCGAACCUCUGCCGGGCCAUCACUGAUUCCGAGCUCCAUGUCUUCCAUUCCGUCCAAGGCGUCGUUGCACCAGAAGAGACCCAGUGGAUUGCGCGCGACUCUCAAACGCAUGUUUUCGAGCAAGAAACAUAGAUCUGUGCCUACUGAUACCAGUGGGUUUCACUACAGCGACUCUGGACAUCUCAAGCCCGUCACAGAGCAACAACCGGUGCGAACACGACUGGACUCCUCUACCACCUUCGGAGCAGACACAACUUCGCGAGGGGCGGCGCUGACCUCACAUUCCACCACGUAUCCACCGUUUGAACCUGUUCAUCUAAGUUUACCGCCUCCACCGCGGCGCGGGCGCCGCAACACAUUGCCCAGCCUGGUCUUCAGUGACAUCCAGUCGAGUCUUGUACCGGCAAUUGCGGAUUGGCCGGCACCACAAUCGGCUGGCGUGGAACAGAGGACGAAAGAAGACUGUGUCUCCGACGGUCAGUUCAAGCGGCGAUCUCGGAGCGCCGAUGCACUCAGCGAACUGCUCCAUCAAGGCACCGUCCAACGCCCUUCAACUCGUGAUCGAGCAGGUGAAAUUGCUUACUGGCGCAACAGUGCCAUCCAAAACCCUGUGCCAGUCUACAGUGGCCAGUCGAUCUCAGUAGAUCCCACACACGUCCUAGGACCAGAGAGUGCCAUCGCCGGCUCGGAGCACGAUCGUUCCACCGUGGACCCUAUGCAGUCUUUCGACUUUGGUCUCGGAAGUCCAGAGCGAGACGAAAUUGGGCUCGAGCAAAGGGUCAAUACUCUCGAGAUCAAGCUCUUCGAUUUUGAAUUUGCCCUGGCCAAACUCCAAGGUAACGACCUGCCGAAUCCAAGGCUGAAUCCCAGACCGUUCAGCCGAAACUCCGUACGCGACUUGUUCCAGCAGAGUAGGACGAACUUGAUGUUGACAAGCAGUUCGUCGAGUGAUUUGGGAUACCUUUCUUCCGGUGGAGUUCAGGAUUUCACCUUCUUGUCUUCCCCUGGCGAGUCUCCGGUGCCUUCUCCGGGCGUCGAUGAUAUGUUCAACCCUCAAAGAGCAAGCAAAGCCACGACUGCCACGAUCAGGCCUGCCACCGCGAGAAGAAGAUCGCCGCGACGAUCGAGGGGGACUUCGCCGUCCUCGAUUCAUAUUCCUUCUGAUAAGUUCGAGGCCUUGUUAGACAUGAUGAAAGAAGAAAGGGCGGCUCGACAAAAACUGGAGGAGCAAAUACACGAACUCCAGAAGGAAAUGGACAGCUUAAGGGUUCCCAUCUACGCAACCAUCAGGGAACCAUAUCCAACGCCCAGUCCUGAGUCGAAGCAGAACUUAUCGGGCACACCGCCUCGACUGAAAACAUUGCAUCGAACCCAUCCAUUCCAGCUCGACCACCCUCUACCGCAGGAAAUCUCUCGUUUCAGCGGGACAGAAGAUUCGGAUGCGGAGGAAGGGUUUGAGGACGUCUACGAAACCCCACGGGAGGAGCAGCGGGAUACAUUUGAGACGGCCAGGGAUUCGCAGCAGAUUGCUGUUAUAUGA